AUGCGCGAGGCGAGCGAUCGAUACACGGAAGAGUUUCUGAAAGAGGUGAUCGUCCUGGGCCGGCUGUCGCACCCCCAUCUCGUGCGUCUGCACGGCUACUGCAUGGAGCGAGACGAAGCUCUGCUCGUGUACGAGUUCAUGACAGGGGGCUGCCUGCACCGCGCGCUUUCGGACAGUGCGAGCGGAGAGCUCUUCUUCAGCUGGAACAUGCGACUCAAGGUGGCGGUGCAGGUGGCAGAGGCGCUGGCGUACAUGCAUGGACUCAACUUCAUUCACCGCGACCUUAAAGCCGCUAAUGUGCUGCUGUCACCGGACUACGAUGCGAAGCUGACAGACUUUGGCAUGGUGCGCGUGGGGCCGGAGGGACAGCUGGAGUCGAUCGUCUCAACUCGCAUCAUGGGCACUGAGGGGUACAUCGACCCCACUUACAUGGAGACUGGUCACCUGGGUGCCAAGAGCGACGUCUACUCCUUUGGCGUGCUCCUGCUUGAGCUGGUAACCGGCAGAAGAGUGGUGGACGAGGGAAGCAAGAUGGUUACCGAGUGCAGAACACGCCUCUCGGAUCUCUCACUUAAAGCCGCAGAAUAUGUCGAUCCCCAUCUUGGUAACCAGUACCCGGAGCUGGGCGCCCGAACCUUGGCGACUCUGGCUCGGCAUUGCGUGGCAGAGGCUCGGUCGAGCCGGCCGGACAUUGGGAGCGUAUUGGAAAAGCUUAAGUUAUUGGUCAAGGCGUGUGCAAAUGCUGAAGCGAAAGCGGCAGCUAAAGCUGCAGCGUUGGAGGCAGGGGAAUCAGGGUCGGCUGAAAGGGGGGAUACGGAGGUGAAUGGGGGUGAAGAGGGGUCGUCAGCAGCUGUGGCACCAGUACAGGUUAUUGGUUGA